AUGCCUGUCGAGCUUCGCAAGCGCAAGGCACCCCAGCCUCCUCCUGCACCUACCCCGCCUGCGAAGAAGAAGGCUGCCGCGAAGCAGGCUCCGGCCAAGAAAGCUGCCGCCCCAAAGGAGGACCCAAAGCCGGCGGAGAGCAAGAAGGCCGUCGCCAAGCAAGCCGUCGCCGUGGGCGAUGCCCUCAACCUUGACGACUUCGGCGGCGAGGUCGAGACGAACGACGGCGAGAAGACUAGCCUGAAGAAGCUUGUCGAGCAGAGCAAGGCCGGCGUCGUUCUCUUCACCUACCCCAAGGCCUCGACCCCUGGAUGCACCACCCAGGUCUGUCUUUUUCGCGACUCGUACAAGCCCCUGACGGCCGACGGGCUCGCCAUCUACGGCCUCAGCACCGACUCACCCAAGGCCAAUACGAACUUCAAGGAGAAGCAGAAACUUCCGUACCCGCUGCUGUGCGACCCGCAAGCAACCCUCAUCGCCGCCAUCGGCCUCAAGAAGCAACCCAAAGGUACUCAGCGUGGCGUCUUUGUUGUUAGCAAGGAUGGCAAGGUCCUCGCCGCCGAGCCUGGCGGCCCAGCGGCCACGGUUGAGAGGGUCAAGGCCUUGGUGGAGGAGUUGAAGUCGAAGAAAUGA